AUGAAUAUCAGCUCACCAUUACUCGCUUUGCCCGAAGAGGGAAAGAAAAGGCGGACGAAGCUGAUCCGGUUGAGAAAUGGGCACUACAGAAGAAUCGUUGACAUCUCGGAUAUUGAGGAAAGAAAAUUAAUUCCCAGUAUAUGUCGUUGUGCUUGCGUCAGCCCCCGAAAGGAUGAAGCUGAGAACGAAGGAAAAUGGGAAGACUUGAAAAAUGGCAAGAGCUCAAAGGAGUAUGAUGAAAAGAGCGAUUACAUGGAAUCUGAAAAGAAAGAAUCAUACACGCUUGCGAUAAACGAAGAGGAUCAAACAGAGGACUUGUAUUCUAAAACAAUCUCCUUCACAUCUAUUACGCCUACGAGCAUAAGGAGUGAAGAAGGAGAAUCUCGCAAGAAACUGUCCCUGCUGGAUGCGAAGGAAGAAGAGGAAGCGGAAGAAGAGGAAGCGGAAGAGGAGGAAGAGGCGGAAGAAGAAGAGGAAGAAAAAGACGAAAUAGAAUCUAUUGUUGAAGAAAAAGAGGAGGAAAAAAAACAAGUUCUACCUGAAGCAAAGAAACUAAUAGAACCAUCCAAAACGCUGAUGAGAGGAACGAAGACAAACAUCUAUUUCUUGUCGAAUAAAGAAAUGGUACAAACUUUAAUGUGUUACAAUUACAAUUGCAAUGCUGUUGUCUUCGAAAAAGACACCUUUCUAAGGUACCUUUACAUGAAAUCUAUUAGCAAUAUCAUACUGAAUGAGCGCAUGAUUGAUGAGCUGUGCAAACAGGAGGAUUUAAAAUAUGUCCUAACCAGUAAUGCCAUAGUUUUAGAGUCUACAGAUUUUCUCAAGCCACUGAUUAUAGAAUUUGAGUCAUCCAUUUCGAAGAGAGUAUUCGUUAGGCAUCUCAAGCACAACGCAAAGAAAGAAAUAGACAUGAAAAAAUACCACGACUACAUGGGAGAACUUAACACGAGCGAAAAAAUACGUCUCAUGAAGAUUGAAAGGUUCCACUCCCUUAAUAAGAUGAUCCAGAGCAACUGA